UGCAGCAGCCAGCGCCGUGCUCGAGAGAUUGCAGAGUGCCAAAGAGCACACCUACCACUGCAACGCUGACAGAGGAGGGGCUAGCCAUGAACAAGAAUGUGGCGGAAGCCGCCCGGCGAAUAUUCGGCAACCUUCCCCACAGCAAUGUCCGUACUGGCAACAAGGUUUUGCGCAAGAACAUCAUUGGCCAGAAGAUAGCAGAGUACUACCCGCAGACUACAGUCCCGGACAUGGUCAAAAUGGCGGAGAAGGAGAUUCCUGGCGUUAUCAUGGACCACAAGCGAGAAUGGCGACGACAAAAACGUGAACUAGACGAGGGAUCAAAACGAGGAUCUUCGAAAAAAGGCGAGGGAAAGCGAUCAACAUGAUGCAGGCUCCGACCGUGCUUGGAUGUUGUUUCUACCGUGGCGCAUGGUCUUUGCUGUCGCAAUUUGGUAGUGCGACUCUCCACCAGUAAGAAGAAUGUAGAUUUUCAAGCUGCAGGGUACAGGAUACCUCCGCACUGAUGGUUUUGAUUGGAGGUGGUGUUGAUUGGGUUUGCGUUGGAUGCAUUUUUCGUCAGCAAGAGUUGGACCCUUCACUGUGCAUCAGCAGUAGAAAUUGACCGCUCUUCUUCGAGCUGGACUCAUGAAGCAUCCAUGGGACCGACCGAUUGAAUUAAGCUUCCUUGGCGUGAGGCAUGAUGUUGCUGCCUGGGGCGUAGCUUUUGUGCUGCGCAGCUGUCUCUUGUCGUUCACGCCACCUGUUCUGGCUGGUGGCCUCGCAACAGUCCUGGAAUGCAAGCAGAAGUAGCAGCAUAUUUGCACAGAGGUGUACAUUAUGGUCAAGUUCGUAUGUAUGUUUGGUUUGUUCCCAAAUGAAAACAGCUGACAUAAUAUGGAGAGUAGGACUUGCAGAAAACAUCAACAAGGACAACAUGUUGAGGUGCAUGUAUGUAUUCGUUCUGCAAGGAUGCGCCAUGUACACAUCACUUCAAGACUCACAAGAGCUCCUGCUGACG